CAACAAACGUGAUACAGGUGUGUUAUCAUUAUUAUAAUACCUAUCACUGUCUGUAGGGAAUUUUUGUUCUCUAUUUCAAAAUGGUACAAAUAUCACGUAAAGGCAGAUGCGCUGCAAAAUUUUUUAAUUACACUAAAACUGUAAAUUUGACAAAUUGGAUUCAAGAUAUUCGUUGCAAGAAAAUGUCUUUUAAAAGACAAAAAGGAAGAGAUUUACGAGUAGUAGCUGUAUUAACGACUGCUCUUACGAGGGCAGAAGAUGCCUUGAGGCAGAAACAAAGGGAACGCGCUAUCAAGUGGGCACAAUUACGCCGUGCUCUUAAUGAACGCACAGCGCAUGAAGAUUCACAGGAACGAAAGAAAAUCGACGAACUUUGGCAAUCUGAUCUAAAUGGCCUUGCUAAUUUUAUGAGCGAUUUGAAACAAGUGAAAACGCCAGUUGUUCGAUAAUCAAAAGUUCAAUUUUUAGAACUUUUUACGUUAUAUUUAUAAGUUAAUUUUAUUUAUGUACAAAAAUGCCAACCCUGGCAGGCAAUUAUUAGAUUUAGAUUUUUUUCUGUGAUAUUUGUUGAAUAAGGAAUUUCAUUUACAGUACC